CCGUUGAACUUUUCCUACAGAGAGAGAAAAGCUAUGGAAUCCAACCAAAAAUUUCUCUGAAAAUUCUUCACCUCAAAUCUGUAAGUUUUUUUUUUUUUUUUUAAUUCUCUCUGCAAAUUUUGUUAUUCAAAUCUGUAAUUUCCAUAGAAUAUAUAAUGGUUAAUGAGAAGGAAAAUUCAAGUGAAAAAAACAUAGAGAACAAGAUAAAUGAAUUUCAAGAAAAGGGUAUUCAUUUUCUUGAAAAAUCUGUAUCAGAAGUGGAAAAGAUUGAAACUUUUGGUAGUCAAGAGUUAACUUUAAGUUAUCUUUGUGAAAAUUCAAAGUUGGGUUUUCAAGAAAAGGUGAAUCUUGAAAAAAAUCUGUUGAAUUCUGUUGAAAAAAUGAGUAACUAUAAAGGGAAAGAAGUAAUGGUAUCUGAGGAUCUAAAUGAGGAAAGUGAAAGAUGGGUUGAAAGGGAUUUUCUUCAGUUGAAUGAGAAGAAAGGGAAUUUAGGGUUUCCUAAAAGAGAAGCUGAAAAAAAUGAGGAAGAAAAUAGAGAAAAAAAGCCAAAGAUUGAAACUUUUUUGUCAUUAGCUUUGCCUGAUGUUUCACUCUCUUUAGCCGGUUCGAAUCGGGUACAAAAUGGUGAUCUUCCAGCAAAUUUGUGGCCUAGUAGGAGUAUAGAACCAUCAAAUAACAAUACAAGGGCUACAUGGUCUAAUGAUUUUACGGCUAAUUCGUUGUCGUGCUCGUUUUCCCACAAUCCGAGUUGCUCGAUUACUCAUAAUUCGACAGAGAAUUACGAUUAUUCUGUGGGGAGUCGUAGGACGGGAAGUGAUAGGAUUUGGAAUGCCGGGGAAGGAACUAAUGGAUCGGUUCAUAGUAGGUUUAGGCCAAUUGGUGAUGGGGGUGUUACAUUGUCAAAUCAUGUUGGUGGAAGUUUUAAUAGUAUUCAUAGGACUACAAGCUCGGAUAACAAUUCGUUUUUUCCAUCCGAGUUGCCUGCGAGACCUAGAAUUGAUGGUCAGUCAAGAGGCUCGGGGAAUUUGAGGCGUUUGGAGAAUAUAGAUGGAGGAGGAGGAAGAACACAUAAGGUUACUAGGCCGGAGAGAAUUCUUAGAGAAAUAGUGUCGGAGUCUAUUCCUCUUAUGGCUCAGAUCGUGCAAGAGCUUCCUGAUGAAAUGGUUGAAUCAACGAAAGUAUACUUGAGAAGCCUAAUUGCAACGCCUGAAAGGAAAGAUGAGUUGAUUAGCCUUCAGAAAAGACUUGAUAGGCGUUCGGAUCUUACUAAUCAGACUCUCUCAAAGUGUCAUAAGAUCCAACUCGAACUUUUGGUUGCGAUAAAAACGGGUCUCGGCAGCUUCUUAUCCCAAAACACCCGCCUUCCAACAGAAGAGUUGGUUGAAGUUUUUUUACUUGAACGGUGUCGAAACGUAAAUUGCAAGAGGCUUUUGCCGGUCGAGGACUGCGACUGCAAGAUUUGUUCGACGAAGAAAGGAUUCUGCAGCGAAUGCAUGUGUCCGGUGUGUCUGAACUUCGACUGUGCCAGUAAUACUUGCAGUUGGGUAGGGUGCGAUGCGUGUUCGCAUUGGUGCCAUGCAGUUUGUGGUAUUGGGAGAAAUCUUAUAAAGCCUGGUCCAAGUUUCAAAGGCCCUUCCGGGACAACGGAGAUGCAAUUUUACUGUCUCGGAUGUGGUCAUGCCUCGGAAGUGUUUGGCUUUGUUAAAGACGUGUUCAUGUCUUGUGCGGAGCAAUGGGGUGAGGAAGCCCUGAUGAAAGAGCUCGAUUGUGUUCGUAAAAUCUUUCAAGGGAGUGAAGAUAUUAAAGGCAAGGAGUUACAUGUUAGGGCUGAUGACUUGCGUACGAAGCUAGCUAAAAAGACGAUUUCUCCUUCAGAUGCCUGCAAUUUCAUCUUUCAGUUUUUUAGCGGUAAGUAUACAACAAUUGAUUUUAUCUGCUAGUUUUUCUUCCCUUUUGGUGGCUAUAUUCUGUAAUUUAGAAUGUAGACAGAUUGAAAAUGCUUAAUCUCCAUCGUUUAUCUAUCUUCAUAGCUAGGCUUCACGCAAUAAGGCCUUAACGAUGACAAUAUACGCUUGCUUGUUAUUGGAAGAAAAAAAGAUUAAGAUUGUGAAUGAAAUGAAUGGUUCUGAUUUCAAGUAGAAUGAAAAAUAUAAUUAGUUUGUACUAGUCAUAAGUUGUGAAAUGGAAUUUCUUGAGUAAAAAAAAGGUCAUAUCUGCACAAACCAUAGAAGGAAAUAAGAAGUUAGAAAUAGUAGCUACCCGAUUCGUGAUAUUGCUUUCACUUGAAAUGGUUGGAGCCUUAGUUUUUUCUUCUCAUUUUCCCUUUGGAUCCACGGUUUUGUCCUAAAAAAUAGAGACCACUAAGAUGUAAACUAUAUUAAAUUUCAAAGCAUCCAAAACAAACCUGAAAAACAA